AUGAAAAGUAUACUUGCGGUGGUUUUCUUGGGACUUGUUUGUACCAAGAAAGUGCCUUCCCGUGUCUUGUACUUCCCCUCAGACGAUGUGGAAAGUCUCAACGUCCACAAUUUCAAAAGAUUCGUCGAAAAUUCACCAACAGCUUGGUUAGUGACUUUUUACGCCAAAUGGUGUGCACACAGCCAAAAGUUUUCCACGAUAUGGAAGCAGUUCGCUUCAGAGGCAACUCCUUGGAGAGACCUGGUGAGGGUUGGCGUCGUAGAUUGUUCAAGUAUCAGAAACAUGAGGCUUUGUGAUAAAUUUAAAAUCGUCGAUUUUCCGAACAUGAAAUAUUUCCACGAGAAAUCCAGCUUUGGCGCCUCUUACGUGGGUCUGGAGGUCCAAGUUGGAGUCACACUGGAUUUUACGAAACGAUUUGUUUUCAAGACAAUUGUGGAUGAAAUAAUGAAGGGAGGAGGACGAAUUUAUCCUCGAGGUUUGGUGCCUUAUCCUCACACCGAUUCUACGGCACUGUUUGCUGGUGAAAAUGCAAAUUCGCGAAUUGUUGUGUGGGUGAUUGAAGAUUUUGUCAGGCCUUUAGGGGCUGAAAUGGUGAUGCAUUUUCAUCGAACGCCGAAUGUUGCGUUCAAGCGGUCACAAGCAAAGGCGUUGAUUGGUUUUCCGAAAGUUGUUUUUGCAGAAAGGGGAAAGAAUUUAGUAAUUGUUGACAAAAAUAUAGAUGGAAGUUUCCAAAUGAUGCAAGUUAUUAGUGGUUUUUUGAAGAGCAAGGGCAUAACGCCUUGUGUAAUUACUCCAGUUAAAAUGGAAGAAAUGUACUCAACAGUAUGA